CAAAGUAUUUAAAGAGCAACAGAGGCUUCUGUGAGCUCUGUUUUACACUGAGAUCCCCAGCAAAAUUCUGUCCUCAUCUCCACCCGAUGGAAUUUGUCAUACGGAAAACACAAGAGUUUGGCCUCUCCCCCAAGCGCCAGUCGAGGAGUCGGAGUGGGAGGCUGAGCCUGUCCACCCCAGAGGGGCCCGAGAAGCUCGCAAAAAUCAGGCAGCCAAAAGCAGAUGUGGUCCGAAGCUCUGUCGCCAUUCCUCCAGUGAAGUGGGUAGAACAUGCCACCACCACCGCCAUCCCCCUAUACCCCCCAAACCCAGCCCUGAAGCGCCUCCCGACGAUGCCUGAAGACCGCCACCACCACCAGUCCCCCCACUACCACAAGCAGCGGCAUCCACAGGAGCCCCGGGGCCGCACAUGCUCAGUGGAGCCCCGAAAGGAGGACCUACUGGACUUCAACUUCCUGCACCAGACGUCGGCACUGGAGCACCAGAACGGGCAGCUGAUGUACCGCUGCGCCAGCUGCCUGUGGCGCUACCCGAGCCUGGCGGUGCUGCAGAGCCAUGUGGCCCUCAGCUGGAUGGACGGCUUCAGCUGCCGCGUCUACUACCGCAAGCUGCGCGAGAUGCACCAGCGCUCCGCCUACGGCUUAGGUGGAUAUGGAGGCGGAGGUGCUGCUGGUGGGGUUAGAAGCAGUCAGGCCUGGAGGGUGGCCGGCUCCGGUAAGCGCAGGGGUCACCUCACCGUCAGCAUACCCAAGACUAUCCUGGCCCGCCGGGAGAGCUGGGACGCACCUCUGACCCGCCUGAGGGGAGGUGCCCAGAGUGGGCUGGAGGCCGAGCGGGAGCGGGAUAGGGAGAAGCGGAAGGAGAAGGAGGAGGACGGCAAGGUGCUGACCCUGGACCUGGUGAAGUCCGUGCAGAGGACGAGUGCUGUGCACAAGUGGCUGAUGGAGAUUGAGCAGCCCACCGCGGCGCUCACGAAAAAAACUACCAACAUAAAAACGUCCAUCAGUGACAAGGACACAGACCUUUCUCUUUCAGCAGAGAAAAAACUUGCACCCUCUCCUUGUCCUAGACCUAGAUGAACUAGCACUUAAUUUUCUAUUUCUUAAAGAGGAAUCAGUCACUUGAUUUGAGAGUUAAUCUGACACAGUCAGGUUGGCAAUUUUACUUUCUUAUAUAUCUAUUUAUUAAAACAAAGAAAAAAGAAACAAAACAAAAAAAAAAACUUUGAAUGGACUGGCGAUGGCUGUGGUCAGGUGAAAUUGUGCAGAAGAAUUUGCACUGUCUCAUGCUGAUAUUCCCCAUGACUGCGUUUAGUUGACUUCCACUCCACUGAAAAUGCUGCCUGCUUAAUUGCACCCCAUUUACAUAGUCACAGUAAUGCACUUGUUGCAAAAUGUUGUCUCACAUUUAAUGAUUGGAGAACGUCUAGUCUAUUAAUUUAUUUUCUCACAGAUGAGAGUAAUAGAAAUGAGCAAGAUUUGUAUUCAAAUGUGUAAUGUGCCACUAUGUUGCAAAUAAUAUUGCAAUUCCCAGAUGAAUUGCAUCGCAUAAUAUUGAAUAUGAAAUGCGUUUUACACAUCAAUGACUAUCAGUCUGUUCAGUUUUAGUCGUUUCAAUAUGCAAGAGAAGAUGGUGCUUGGUGUUAGUGCCUUUUUACACUGAGUAAGGAAAAUAUUAGGAAUUAGCCAGCUGUUCUUGCAUUAAAACUGCUUAUGAAAGUAUGGUAUAAAUAUCACUUGGUCCCUUCAAAGUCAGGAUGUGGUAUUUUUUCCAUCGGUCACACAGGCACACACUUUGUCAGCAGUGUUUUUGGGACAUCACCUUUCCAGAGAACAGACUUUUUGAGCCAGCAGUUUUGAGACAGUUUGGAGCACUAUUACCCUGGACCAGUGGACCAGCCCAACAAUAGCAGGGACAAUAAGGCCUGGAAAAGAAAAGGUUCAGUUUCUGAAGGUGUGUGUGUGUGAAGGUGUGUG